AAAAAAACCCUGCUGUGUGAGCUGCUGCUGCUGUUGCUGCCGCCUUCUUGUCUGCUGAGUCAUGGAUUGAGGGUCCCUCUCUCGCGGAAAUCACUGACACGUCUCAGAACUGGGUCUGCUGCAGCCAUUGAGGAGCCCUGAUUCCGGGGCCACAAGGACCAAGCCAGGAUGAUGCUCCUCCUCCUCCUGCUCCAGCCGUCUACAUAGGCAAGCUUGCCCUUUGCAGCGUUUUCUCGCCAAGGCUCCUGUCCUUCCUCCAGGCUUAUUCGUCCUCAGCAGCUUUUCCUUAACAACACUCCCCCCACCUCAAAUUCUCCCUGGGAAAGAAAGCAACCCCCCAACAUACUCUUGAACCAUGAUCGCCGCCGCUUUUUUAGUUCUGCUGAGACCUUACAGCAUCCAAUGUGCCCUCUUCUUGCUUCUUCUGCUGCUGGGCACCGUCGCCACGAUUUUAUUCUUCUGCUGCUGGCACCGCAAGCUCCAGAAAGGGAGGCAUCCGAUCAAAUCGGUCUUUUCCGGGCGCUCAAGGAGCCGAGAUGCUGCAAUGAGAAGCCACCACUUUCGCUCCGAGGUAAUUUAUCUAGCGCGCAAUCUAAAGGGUUUUAGACCAAGUCCCCGCCACAUUAGAAGACGUGUCGUGCCUCGCCUUGAAGAAACGCAGCCCCUGGUAGAAGUGCAUCAGCUGAGUGAGCAGGAAACAUCGGUCAAGAAAAGGAAGAUCAAGAAAAGCAGCAGAGUCCAGCCAGAAUUCUACCAUUCUGUUCAAGUCACACCAACUCGAAAGCCAAGCUCAGGAAACGCUUCCUACAGAUGCUCCAUGUCAUCCUCUGCGGAUUUUUCAGACGACGAUGAUUUCAGCCAGAAAUCUGGUUCCCUGUCCCCGGCUCCGGGUGACACCCUGCCCUGGAACCUACCUAAACACGAGAGAUCCAAGAGGAAAAUUCAAGGAGGCUCUGUGUUGGAUCCAGCUGAGAGAGCUGUGCUCAGAAUCGCCGAUGAGCGGGACAAAGUACAAAAGAAAACAUUCACAAAAUGGAUAAACCAGCACCUUAUGAAGGUCCGCAAGCAUGUGAAUGACCUCUAUGAAGACCUGAGAGAUGGACAUAACUUGAUUUCUCUUUUAGAAGUUCUUUCAGGAGACACCUUGCCAAGGGAGCGAGAUUUUUUGAAGACCUUACGGUUGGUGAGUUCAACAGAAGCAUGCGCGUAUGAACAGCAUGAGGAUGAGGAGGAUGAGGAUAAGGGGCCCCGAGAGAAAGGUCGGAUGCGUUUUCACAGACUGCAGAAUGUACAAAUUGCACUUGAUUAUUUGAAAAGACGGCAGGUGAAACUGGUGAACAUUAGGAACGAUGACAUUACGGACGGGAAUCCCAAAUUGACUUUGGGAUUGAUAUGGACCAUAAUUUUGCACUUUCAGAUUUCUGACAUCCAUGUUACUGGAGAGUCAGAGGACAUGUCUGCUAAAGAGAGAUUGCUCCUGUGGACACAGCAGACAACUGAGGGUUAUGCUGGUAUUCGUUGUGAAAAUUUCACUACCUGUUGGCGAGAUGGGAAAUUAUUUAAUGCCAUCAUUCAUAAAUACAGGCCGGACCUGAUAGACAUGAAUACCGUUGCUGUUCAAAGCAACCUUGCAAAUUUAGAGCAUGCUUUUUUUGUAGCAGAAAAACUUGGUGUUGCCAGACUUCUGGACCCCGAAGAUGUUGAUGUCUCCUCGCCUGAUGAGAAGUCAGUAAUCACUUAUGUGUCAUCACUUUAUGAUGCAUUUCCCAAAGUACCAGAAGGUGGUGAAGGCAUCAGUGCACAUGAUGUUGAAGUCAAGUGGGUUGAAUACCAGAAUAUGGUGAACUACCUCAUCCAGUGGAUCAGGCACCAUGCCACAAUGAUGACUGACAGAGCGUUUCCAAACAAUCCUGUGGAACUCAAGGCACUUUAUAACCAAUAUUUACAAUUUAAAGAAACAGAAAUUCCACCAAAGGAGAUAGAGAAAUCAAAAAUCAAACACCUAUAUAAAUUACUGGAGGUUUGGAUAGAAUUUGGGCGUAUCAAGCUUCCUCAAGGUUACCACCCCAAUGACAUAGAGAAAGAGUGGGGGAAGCUAAUUAUUGCUAUGUUGGAAAGAGAAAAAACACUCCGACCAGAAGUUGAAAGGUUAGAAAUGCUGCAGCAGAUUGCAAACAGAAUUCAGCGAGACAGCCUGGGCUGCGAAGACAAACUAAUUCUUGCUCGAAAUGCUGUGCAAUCAGAUGCAAAGCGAUUAGAAUCAGGUCUGCAGUUCCAGAAUGAAGCUGAGAUCGCCGGUUAUCUACUUGAAUGUGAGAAUCUGCUGCGUCAACAAGUCUUGGAUGCCCAGAUUCUUAUUGAUGGAAAAUAUUAUCAGGCAGAUCAGCUGGUCCAGAGGGUUGCAAAACUGCGAGAUGACCUUAUGGCCUUAAGAGCAGAGUGCUCCUCAAUCUACAGCAAGGGGAGGACACUGACUACAGAACAGACCAAGAUGAUGAUAUCAGGAAUAACACAAAGCUUAAACUCAGGAUUUGCACCAAACUUCAGCCCCAGCUUAAACUCUGGACUGAGCCAGGGCUUAUCACCCUCCUUGACAUCAUCGAGUCUAACAUCAGGAUUAUCAUCGGGUCUUUCUUCAAGAAUGACUCCAACCAUCACCCCAGCAUACACCCCAGGUUUCCCACCACGGUUAAUUCAAAGCUACAUAACAGGAGUUGACUCUGGUGCACUGCAAACACUCAAAUUGAUGCAGAUCCGAAAACCUCUGAUGAAAUCGGCAUUUAUCGAUCAGAAUUUAACAGAGGAGGAAGUCAACAUGAAGUUUGUUCAGGAUCUUCUCAGAUGGGUAGAUGAAAUGCAGGUGCAACUUGAUCGAGCUGAAUGGGGUUCGGAUUUGCCAAGCGUUGAAAGCCAUUUAGAAAAUCACAAGAAUGUCCACAAAGCUAUUGAAGAAUUUGAAUCAAGCCUUAAAGAAGCAAAAAUCAGUGAGAUCCAGAUGACUGCUCCCCUUAAACUCAGCUAUGCAGACAAAUUGCACAAACUGGAGAGCCAAUAUGCAAAACUCUUGAACACCUCAAGAAAUCAGGAAAGACACCUUGAUACCCUUCACAAUUUUGUAUCUCGCGCUACCAGAGAACUCAUAUGGUUGAAUGAGAAAGAAGAGGAGGAGGUUGCAUAUGACUGGAGUGAAAGAAAUACAAAUAUAGCACGGAAGAAGGACUACCAUGCAGAACUGAUGAGAGAACUUGAUCAGAAGGAAGAAAUUAUCAAAUCUGUUCAGGAAAUAGCAGAACAAUUGCUAUUUGAAAACCACCCUGCAAGGCUAACUAUUGAGGCCUACCGAGCUGCAAUGCAAACACAGUGGAGCUGGAUUUUGCAGCUUUGCCAAUGUGUUGAACAGCAUCUGAGAGAAAACACUGCAUAUUUUGAGUUUUUCAACGAUGCCAAAGAGGCCAUAGAUUACUUGAAGAAUUUAAGAGAUGCUGUUCAUCGAAAAUACAGCUGUGAUAGGUCCAGCAGUAUUCAUAAACUGGAAGAUCUGAUCCAAGAGUCGAUGGAAGAGAAAGAACAGCUCCUGCAGUACAAGAACACAGUGGCUGGCCUUGUGGGGAGAGCAAAGACAAUAGUUCAGCUGAAGCCGAGGAAUCCAGAUAAUCCACUGAAAACAUCCAUCCCAAUCAAAGCCAUCUGUGACUAUAGACAAAUUGAGAUAACCAUUUACAGAGAUGAUGAAUGUGUACUGGCAAGCAACUCCCAUCGGGCAAAAUGGAAAGUGAUUAGUCCAAGCGGUAAUGAGGCCAUGGUUCCCUCCGUCUGUUUUACUGUUCCUCCACCCAACAAAGAAGCAAUAGACACUGCAAACAGAAUUGAACAGCAAUAUCAGAAUGUCCUGGCCCUGUGGCAUGAAUCACAUGUAAACAUGAAGAGUGUGGUCUCCUGGCACUAUUUGACAAAUGAAAUUGAAACUGUUCGAGCCAGUAAUGUUGCUUCGAUAAAGACACUCUUGCCAGGUGAACACCAGCAGGUUUUAAGCAACUUGCAGUCCCGCUUUGAUGACUUCCUUGAAGACAGCCAGGAGUCCAAAGCCUUUUCAGUUGCUGACAUUGCUCAGCUGGAAAGGGAGGUGAAUGUGUGCAAGCAGUACUACCAAGAGCUCCUUAAGUCUGCAGAGAGAGAGGAGCAUGAAGAAUCCAUUUACAACCUAUACAUCUCAGAAGUUCGAAACAUGAGACUUCGUUUGGAGAAUUGUGAAGAUCGUUUGAUUAGGCAGAUUCGAACCCCACUGGAGAGAGAUGACUUACAUGAAAGUGUAUUUCGGAUCUCUGAACAAGAGAAACUGAAGAAGGAUCUGGACCGACUCAAGGAGGACUUGGAAACAAUCACAGACAAAUGCGAUGAUUUUUUCAGUCAAGCUGCUGGUUCUCCCUCAGUUCCUACUCUGCGGUCGGAGCUUAACCUAGUAAUUCAAAAUAUGAAUCAGGUUUACUCCAUGUCUUCCAUUUACAUAGAAAAGUUAAAAACUAUAAAUUUGGUGCUGAAAAACACUCAAGGAGCUGAAGCACUGGUAAAACUCUACGAGACUAAACUAUGUGAGGAAGAACCAUUAACUGCCGACAAGAGCAAUAUUGAGAACCUUAUGGCUACGUUGAAGCAAUGGAGAUCAGAGGUUGAUGUAAAAAGAGAAGUAUUCCAUGCUCUAGAAGACGAACUCCAGAAAGCUAAAGCAAUUAGUGAUCAGAUGUUUAAAACACACAAGGAACGUGAUCUCGACUUCGAUUGGCACAAAGAGAAAGCAGAUCAGCUGACUGAGAGAUGGCAGAAUGUUCAUGCUCAGAUUGAGAACAGAUUGCGUGACUUAGAAGCUAUCAAUAAAUCCCUAAAGUACUACAGGGAUACAUAUGGUGCACUGGAUAACUGGAUCAAGCAAGUCGAAGAAACUCAGCAGAGGUUCCAGGAAAACCCACCUCAGAACAGUAAAGCUCUGGCCAAGCAGCUAAACCAGCAAAAGAUGCUCGUGUCGGAAAUAGAGACGAAACAAAACAAGCUAGAUGAAUGCCAGAAGCACUCAGAGCAGUAUUCAGCUGCAGUAAAGGACUACGAGUUGCAAACGAUGACAUACAGAGCCAUGGUUGACUCCCAGCAAAAAUCUCCAGUGAAACGCCGAAGAAUGCAGAGCUCCUCUGAUUUCAUUAUCCAAGAGUUUAUGGACUUACGAACACGCUACACAGCUUUGGUGACUUUGAUGACUCAGUAUAUAAAGUUUGCUGGUGACUCUCUCAAAAGGCUGGAGGAGGAAGAGAAGUCAGUGGAAGAGGAGAAGAAAGAACACGUCGAAAAAGCUGGGGACUUACUGAAAUGGGUUUCAAACAUCACCAAGAGCCUCGGCAAAGGUGGAGGAGAAAAGUCUGAAAAAGCAGAUUCUCCUAAGAAACAGAUAUCUUCUGACGAACUAUUAACCAAGAAAGAACAGAUAUCAGAAGCUUUGCAAACAACACAGACGUUUUUAGCGAAACAUGGUGAUAAAAUGACAGAUGAAGAGAAAAAUGAAAUGGAAAACCACGUGAGGUCCCUGCAAGAAGGUUAUAAACUGUUGUCCAAUGAAGAUUUGAAGCAGUUGCAGCAGGAACAAGAUGCAGAUAAUGAAAACGUGGAUGAAAAGGAGGAUAAAGUCAUAGCUGGCAUUAUUGAUCAAACAACUGGAGAGAUGUUUUCAGUCUUGCAGUCAAUUUAUAAAGGCCUUAUUGACUAUGACACCGGAAUUCAGUUACUUCAGAGCCAGCUCAUUUUAUCAGAUAUAAUUUCACCAGCCUUGGGAAGAAGUUUUGACCUUGAAGAAGCCAAAGCCCAUGAACUUGUCGAUGACCAAGCUGUAUUGCAACUACAAGGUUUACAGAAUGCUAAAAUGGUCAUUUCAGAAUUGCAAUCAGCAGCACUCCCAGUUGUAGCUGCUUUGGAACAGGGUUUAAUUUCAGAACCUCUUGCUAUUAAAAUUCUUGAGAUUCAGCUUUCCAGAGGACACCUAAUGAUACCAGCCACGGGAGAAAAGCUGACUUUGCACAGAGCUUUUCAGAAGAAUCUGAUCUCUGCAGCAUUAUAUACUAAACUCCUGGAAAGACGUGACAUGAGCAAAGACCUUAUUGACCCCAACACUGCAGAGAAGAUAACCCUUGAGGAAUUGCUUGAAAGAACUGUAGUACAUAGAGAAACAGGCUUGAGGCUCUUGCCUGUGACCCCUCAAGAAAGAGGCAAAAUAACUCUAAAAUGUGGAAGGAAGUUAACUAUUCUGAGAGCAGCUCAUGAAGGACUCAUAGAGAGGGAGACCAUGUUCAGGCUUUUAGGGGCCCAGCUGCUUUCUGGCGGCAUAAUUCAUCCUGAUACAGGACACAGAAUGACUGUUGAAGAAGCAAUGAGAGAAGGGGUUAUUGACCAGGAUGCUGCUUGUGCUAUUUUGACUCAUCAGCUUCAGACAGGUGGGAUCUUGUGUCCAAAUUCAUCAAAACGUUUGUCUGUAGAUGAAGCUGUGCAGUGCAACCUGAUCUCUUCUAGUAGUGCCUUGCUGGUACUACAGGCACAACGAGGCUUCAUUGGACUCAUCUGGCCACAUAGUGGGGAAAUAUUUCCUGUAUCUACAUCUUUGCAUCAAGGCAUGAUCACUAAUGAGCAGGCCUGCAAAAUUCUAAAGGGGCGGCAGAAAAUAGCAGCACUCUAUAUUCCAGAAACUUGUGAAGUGAUCAGCCUGGAUGAUGCAGCCCAGCAGGGAGUCAUAGAAAGCAACACUUCAUCAAUUUUGAAUAGUGUUACCCUACCUGAUGAAAUGCCUAAUGUGGAAGAUACACCAUUGCCAUUGAAAAAAGCUGCAAGAUGGCUCUCGUCUUGUGAACUCCAGGCAUCCAACCAACAUCCUGAUGGAAAGGAUGUAAACACUUCUGACACCAGUGAGCCCAUACCUUGCCACUCAGAACAAACUCAAAAGCUAUUCAUGUCUUACCUAAUGAUAAAUAGUUGUAUGGAUGCGAACACCGGUCAGAGGCUUUUGUUACAUUGUGGUGACUUAAAUGAAACAGUCAGCCUGUUAAUGGAUGGCAGUCGUUCUGAAAAUAAUACAAAUGAGACUGAAGGGCAAUUGUGUUUAAACACAAAAACACAACAUAUUGAGCAACAGCCCAAAGGGGCAAUGUUUAGUGAUAUCACUAGCAGUGUUUCAGAACAAGAUACAAGUAUUCAAAAUAUGUCCAGCAGCAAUAAGAGGGAGGCAUUUUGUAAAGAUCACCAGAAUGACAUAGUCUCAGGGAGAAAUGGUUUUCAUAUUGUGUCUGGUGCUUCAGAGCAGUCAGAAUGUGUCACGAAUAGAUCUGGAAAGGAAAGCACUCCAGGUCAAAAUCUUGAAAAAGAAAAUGCACUUGGAAGUUUACUGAAACUUCCAGAACAAAUGCCAGUGGAAGUGUAUAAAAAUUUAACUGACCAAGCAAAUGCUGAAAAUGCUGAAAUGAAAGCAUCUCUUUCAAACUGUUCACAAGGACACCUUCCUCCAAUAGUAAAUGAAGAUAACAGUUGCAUAGUAGAGGGGGAGAACAUUAAGGGGAGUGAAAACGGCUCCCCAGGCAUCUUCAAUAGUGUUUUGGAUGCAAAUUAUUCUUCAGCUAUUAAGAAAGAUGAGAAAGCUCAAGCAAGCACUAAAGUUUCACAUCUCAUGGACAACAGCCUGCAAAAAUGCAUGCCUCAGGUUUUGCAGAUUGAAGAAGGCAUUAUGCUAAUGAAGAAUGAUGAGGUGAAAGAUGAGGUAAAAGAUGACUUUCAGGAUAGUUUAUACACUAGUAUAGAACCUGACCAAAAAUGUUUAAAUGAACGCACUAAGAAAGAAUUAGAGACUUGUAAUGAGAGUGGGGUGUUGCAAGUGGAAACGAAUGUUACCCCAGUAUUGCAUAACAAUGAUGAUAGGAAUGGCAAGUUGCCAUUAGAAGACCACUCCAUAAUGCAUGGUGCAUGUCUUCACAUGAAUGAUAGGCCACCACGAGAAGACGUUACAAAUAGCUAUGGCAAUUCACAGUUGGAAGACCAUGCUAAUACAUUUGCUGUCUGUCUGUUGGAAAACUACACCAGCAUGCAAGAUGCAUUACCAUUGGAAACUAGAGUGCAUACACAUGACAGUCAGUUACUGGAAGAUUGCACCAAUAACUAUAGCAUGUCAGUCCUAGAAAAUACUUCUAAUGGUGAUUCAUUCCUGGAAGACAGCGUAAAUUUGAUCCAUGGAUUGUUACAGGAAGAACAGACUGAAAGUGGGCAACCUGUAGAAAAUCAGAUGACUAUCAGUGAUGGAGAACAACCCAUAGAUAAGGCUAAUAUACAUAGUGUGUCUUUGCUUGAUGACCAUACCAAUUCUGAUGGCAUUGCACUGUUGGAAUAUCAUACUGAAGAUAAAUAUAUUGGACAAAUUCAGAGAAACGGUGCUAUUACUCAUGCUGGAUGUCCACUCAAGGAUUCCAUUGAUACAAAUGUUGGGCUCCCAGUAGAAGUCACUACUGACACUCUUGAUGGAUCAUCCAUUAAAAUCAAUACUGAUAGUGAGUCCACAUCACCUUUGGAAGUCAGUGCUAGUAUGAAGCAUGAUGAACCACCUGUGAAUGACAGCAAGUCAGCAUUUGAAUGUGGCUCACUAGUUCUGGAAGGCAAUAACAGCAAGCAGUCUGAGCUGUUGCCUAAAAGAGAACAUAGUACUCAGUCAGAAGAUCUUUGUGAUCCAACUCAACAUAAAGAUUGCAGUGAAGCCUGUGAUGCUCCGCAAAUUGAUCAUAACAAUGGUACAGUUUAUAGCUCAGACAGAAUAAACAAGGGUGACUCCUCUCUUGUUAAAGAAGAUGCUACUCCAGAACUCGUCCACGGUGCAGUAGCCAUCAAUGGAGUAGCAGAUAAGCUGCAAGAAAAAGCAAAAUCUUCCAUGGGCAACCCAAGUAAGGAAGAAGAAAGCAUUCUGUGCUUUAGUGAAACAAGUGAUUCUGAUACAUUUGAAAUUAUAAAUAUGGCAGCAUUCAAUGCAAGGCUACUAGGCACAAUUCUAGAAGACAAGGCAGAAAGUAGUAGAGAUAUAGAAGAUAAUGGUCAGAAAAAAGAAAGGGAAGAAGGUAAAGAGAUUGACAGCUCCCUGGAAAAGUUGGAUGAAGCUAAAAUGCAAAGAGGUGAGCACAAGGGCAUUAAAAUGAAAGAAGAUGACUCUGAGAGUGAACAUGAAAGCAUAUGUAUGGAUAAUGACAGUGAUGAUGAUGGCAGUGGCAGUAGUGAUGAGAAUGGCAGUAGUGACAAUGGUGAUAGUGACGGGGAUGAUUUUGAAGGUUAUGAUUAUGUGGAUUUUGAUUAUGAUACUUACGAUGAGACAGAUUAUGAAGAUGAAGAGGUAUUGGAAAUGCAUUACUCUCAGUGCCAUGAUAAAAACAUUGGGGUCCAGGUGUCUGCACUUUCAGAGGCAACAGGAAACAAUGGUUUACAGUGCCCUGAAAGCUACAGUUCUGAUGGCUAUCAAAAUUUAGCUGAUGUUGUUAAAGAAAACAUUCAGGACCUACCAUGUAAAAGUAAAGAGGGAAGCCAGCAAGAAACAGAACAGGCUUCUGACCCUUUCAUGCAAGACAGCCUUGCAUUACAGAACAGUCAAACCUCCCAAUUAAGCAUAAGCAAUGGUGCAACAUCAGAAGACGCAAUUGGAACAGAAAAUAUUAGUGCCAAGUCUGAUAUACCUUCUCAAAGAAACUUACGUGCUGAACACAGGGAAGCUAAAAUUCUUGAUGAUAUAUCAAUGCCAUGUUUGAAUUGUGAGAAAAGACAAGAAGUAGAUAAUGGAAAACAAGCAUCUACCAGUAUGCCACAUAGUCAAGUAGAAAUUGGUGCUCUGAAACAAAAUAAAAAUGGAGUGUGCAUUGAGAAGGAAUAUCAUAUCCAGGAAUCAAGUGGAAGCCUUAGGGAGCCUCAUUCAUCAGUUAUUAAAAAUGGUUAUGAAAUUACUGCUUCAUAUGAUGAAAAAAUAAGUAUUGAUCAAACUUCAAAUAAGCCCACAUUGGUUACAGACUCCAAUGACAUUGCUAAAGAUGAAUCAGUGCACUCUAUAGAGGGGUUUGACCUCUCUACUUAUUUAAAGCAAAGUGCGAAAGAUAUAACGGCCAAGGAUAUCUUAGCAAUGAGAGAGAAUGGUUCAUCUUGCCUAAAGGAAGGUGAAAGAGACAGUGAAGAGAAUAGAGAGGAGCUUGUGGUAUCAGGAAGUGGAAACUGUGAGGGAAAACAGCACCUAGAAGAAUUGCACCCCAAACAACAGCUGUUUCCUGCAUCAGUUGUAUCAGAACCCACAAGAGAUAAAGUUAGCAAAGAGGGUAGUGCUCAUUCCAAGGUGUAUCAUGAUGAAAGCUACAGAUGUGACUUCAACAAUAUGGAGCAUGUUGAAGCUAUUGGAAAAGUAGGGAGCAAGGCUGAUGAAACAGCUUCUGGAGAAGAUACAUGUGUAAUUGGAUCAUCUUCUAGUACUUUAGACACCAGAGAUGAUAGCCAGAAUAACUCUGAGCAGAAAGCACAUGAAGCAGUGGUCACUCAGAACAUUAUUGUGGGGAAGCCUACGGAAAAUGACAUUCUAGACCAUGAGCCUACUUUCUCUCAAAAUGGCAUCCAGAUAAAAAUGCAACAAUCACUAAAAGAUGUGAUGCUUUCUAAUUCUGCCCCAGUCAAUGAUCAGGAAGUUGUUUUUUCUGAAGUGCCUCCUACAUUACCUGAAAGCUUAACAAAAAUACUUAAAGGAAAAAUAAAAGAUGCUUGCUGCAAGCAAGAAGAGGAACCUUUAAGUUAUAUUGGCACAAAAGCUUUAAUGCAAAAUUUACUUAAAAUGGUUGAUAGCACACAUUGGGAAAACGAGGACCCUACCAAAUCUGCUGUGCAACAUACAAGUGAGGAUACUAGAAGUGCCUCAAUGGCUGCUUCAUUGUGCAUACAUGCAAACGAACCUAAUUCUGCCCCACCUAUUUGGCUUGAUAAUAGAAGUCCUGAUCUCCUCCUCGAUAUACUGAAACAAGACCAUUGCAGUCAAAGAAAUGAGAGCACCCAUAAGACAAUGGAGAUGAAGGCCCAGACAGAAAGAGAGCAGGAGAAGAACACUUCUCAGCAUGACCAUGCCUUUCCCAUCUCAAGAGAAACUACAAGUUCAUCAGAAUUAAAAGCAGAAACAGCUGGAGAGAGUACUGAAGCAUGCAGUAAGGCUCUUGCUUUGAAAGGAUACCCUCAGCCCGAGAAGCCAUACCAGCAACCAAAAAGCUUCUCUGAAACUUUGGAAACAGAGGACUCUGGACCAAGACCUGAUUCAAAGAGCAUGAAGCAAUGCUCUUGGUACUUGGAGAAUAUGAGGAGACAUUUGACAGUGGUUCAAGAUAUGAAAUUUCUCUUGGAUGACCUGCAGCCCAUCAGUAAUGACCUGGAAGACCUAAAAAUACAACUUGAGCAGUUAGAGUCAUUUGAAUCAGGGCUUGCUGGCUUUGCUGUUACUCUGCGAAAAGAUAUGAAGUUAGCAGAAGAGUUUCUAAAAUUUCAGCACAAGGAUGUUCCCAGAGCACAACUUGUGGAUCUAAAAGAAAGCUAUGAAUGUUUGGAGAAGGAUUUCUUUGGGGUCUGCGAAAUGUCUUCAAAUCGAGCAAAGCAAAUAGUCUUGGCAGUAGACUCUGAAAUGGCUAAACUUUCAGUGCUUCAUCAGAAACAUCUAGUCAAGCUUCAGGAGUUUACAGGUUGGAUUGAGGAGAAGAGUGAAAUAAUGAAUGAUCUCAAAGUGGAUACAAGUGAUAUAGAAGAUGUGAAGCAAAGGUUUCAGUUACUCAAGGACCUGGAAAAAGAGUUUGAAUGUACAAAAAUGCAGUUGGAAUCCACAGCACUUGAUAUUCAGUUCUUCAUUUCUGAGCAUGCCCAAGAUCUUUCCCCAAACCAGAGCAAGCAGCUCUUGAGGCUCUUGAAUACCACACAGAAGCGCUUCCAGGAAAUGCAAGAGACAAUAAGAUCCCAAGUCGACCAUUUUGAAACUCUCUUACAGACAGAACAAGUUCUUGUUGACCAGAAGGACUUGGCAGACCAGCACCAGGAUUUCACAGAAAAAUUACAGGAUAUAUGCGACCUUCUCACACAGACGGAAAACCAGCUCAUCGGCCACAAAGAAGCACUUGCUAUUGAAGAUACCAAGGCAGAGUUGCAGCAAUACCAGAUCAAACAAGAGGAGCUACAGAAAGAUAUGCAAGCAAAUACACAGGCGCUGGCAGAAAUUGUGAAAAAUACGGAGAUGUUUUUGAAAGAAAAUGGAGAAAAGCUGCGACAAGAAGACAAGACUGCUCUUGAAAAGAAGCUUAAUGAAGCCAAGACCAAGUGUUUGCUGCUUAGCCAGAAGGCAGAGGAGUCCAGGAAACAGCUGGAUAAAGCUGUGACAACAGCUAUUAAGCAAGAAACAGAAAAGGUUGCAGCUAGAGAGCAGCUAGAGGAGAGUAAAAGCACAAUAGAGAAUCUUCUGGACUGGUUGUCAAAGGUCGACAAGGAUGCUGAACAUGGGGGCAAGAAAGACAAGCCAGCAAUUAAACAGAAUGGCAAUCAUUUCCAAGAAGGAGAGGUGGAAGAGUUGGCUGGAGAAGACGAUGAAGUCAAUGGCAACUUGAUGGAAAUCCAACAACAGAAUGAAACUCACGUGGAUGGACAACUGAAGCCCUCAGAAGAUAAUCUCAACAUGCAGUAUCAGAAAGUCAAGGCUCAGCAUGAGAAAAUUAUUUCCCAGCAGCAAGCUGUCAUAAUAGCUACACAGUCAACCCAAGCCCUGCUUGAGAAGCAAGGACACCAUCUUUCUCCAGAGGAAAAGGAGAAGAUUCAAAGGAAUAUGAAGGAACUGAAGGUGCAGUAUGAAACUGCCUUAGCAGAGUCGGAGCAGAAGCUGAAGUUGACUCGCUCUUUGCAGGAGGAGCUUGAGAAGUUUGACGCGGACUAUGGCGAGUUUGAAAGCUGGCUCCAGCAGGGAGAGCAAGAACUUGAUAACCUGGAGACAGGUGCAUCUGACUUUAAUGGGAUUAUCAUCAAACUGAAAAGGCAGAAGAGUUUUUCGGAAGAUGUCAUUUCUCACAAAGGGGACUUGCGGUACAUCACCAUUUCUGGACAGAGAGUAUUGGAUGCUGCUAAAUCGUGUAAUAAAAGAGAAGGUGUCAAAUAUGACAAGGAUGGUAUUGAUACUUCUUCAACUUACAUUGAGGUACAGAAUAAGCUGGAUAGUGCAACUGGUCGCUUCAAAUCUCUCUACUCUAAGUGCAGUAUCCUUGGAAAUAACCUCAAAGAUUUGGUAGAUAAAUACCAGAAUUAUGAGGACACCUCAUCUGGGCUUCUGACAGGACUUCAGGCCUCCGAAGAAGCUGUGAAUAAACAGUUGUCUGAGGCAGUUGCUGUAGAUCCAAAAAAUCUCCAGAGACAACUAGAAGAAACCAAGGUGCUUCAGGGGCAGGUGUCCGGUCACCAGGUUGCUGUAGAGAAACUGAAAAAAGCUGCCGAAGUGCUUUUUGACACCAGGGGAGAGUUACUGCCAGACAAAGAUGAAAUCCAGAAUACCCUGGAUACUAUUGUGGAUAAGUAUAACCACUUAUCCAAAGCAGUGAAUGACCGGAAUGAGAAACUUCAGAUCACUCUGACACGUUCAUUAAGCGUCCAGGAUGGAUUGGAUGAAAUGCUUGAUUGGAUGAAUGGUGUUGAGAAGAGUCUUGAGGAGCAAGGUCAAGUGCCUUUGAAUUCUUCUGUAAUUCAGGAUGUCAUUAGUAAAAGUAUGGCUCUAGAACAAGACAUUGUGGGUCGGCAAAGUAGCCUAAAUGCCAUGAAAGAAAAGUUGAACAAAUUCAUGGAAACAACAGACCCAUCCACUGCAUCCUCUUUACAAGCUAAAAUGAAUGAACUUUCUCAGCGGUUUUGUGAAGCAAAUAAUAAACACAGGAAAAAACUUGAAAAGUUGGAGGGAUUGAAGACCAAAGUGGAGCUGUUUGAGUGCCUCACUGAUAAACUCCAGUCAUUCUUGGACAAGAAAACUCAGGCUCUCAGCGAGGCUGACAUCCCAGGAAAAGACGUUACUGAGAUGUCCUUAUAUGUGCAGGAAACCAACACUGAACUGAUGGAGCAGAAAAAAGAUCUUGAAAAUUCGCAACACCUCAUUGAAGAACUCUCUCCUCAUGCUCUUCCUGGAGACAGGUCAUUAGUGUUAGAAAAAGUAAAUGCCUUGUCAAAGAAAUUCAAGGAAAUGGAAGAGACUAUACGAGAAAAAGAAGAGGAUGUGUCCUCUUGCCAGAAGCAGAUGGAUGAGUUCAAUCUUCAUGUAGAAUCUUUGAAGAAAUGGGUAGAUGAGAUGACGGAAAGAAUCCCAGCUAUCCAGCCCUCUUUGAAUGUGGAGAAUUUAAACAAACAUUUGCAGAACACCAAGCAUUUGGAGGAGGAAUGGAGUUCGAAGGCACCUGACAUUCAGAAAAUGAUUAGCAGAGGAACAGCAUUGUGCAACCUAAUUAGUGCUGUGACUUCCCCUGCAAGGUCAAGGGGAGUAAAAUCAGCUGUAAGCGGAACAGUAUUAAAUGGUGAAGGAGCAGCUACAGGUACCCAGGGAUUCCUAACAAACAAAGAAGUGACCACUGUCCAACACAACAUGUCAACUGUAAGCCAUAGUUAUGAUGAUUUGGGAGCUGUGCUGAAGGAAAAAAUAUCAGAACUGGAAUCCACUCUUUCAAAUAUGCAAAACAUUCAAAGAGAAUCAAAUUCAAUGAUGGAAUGGUUACAGAAUAUGGACACUGCUGCAGCCAAAUGGGAAGCAACUCUUAUUGACAGUGAGGCUGUUAAAGAGCAAGUCGAUCAACACAAGCUAUUUGAAACAGAAUUGAAACAGAAUGAGAAUAAAGUGCAAGAACUGAAGGAUAGAGUGACAGAGCUAUUGGAGAAGAACCCAGACUCUCCUGAGGCACCGAAAUGGAAACAGAUGUUGGAUAAAAUAGAUUCCAAAUGGAGGGAACUCAGCCAGGUAACAGCUGACAGACAGAAAAAACUGGAAGAGUCAUCAAAUUACCUGACCCAGUUCCAGGCAACCGAGGCUCAGUUGAAACAGUGGCUGGUAGAAAAAGAAUUAAUGGUCAGCGUGCUUGGACCACUGUCAAUUGACCCAAAUAUGUUGAACACGCAGAAGCAGCAAGUUCAGAUUCUGCUCAAUGAGUUUGACACUCGAAAACCCCAAUAUGAGCAGCUGAAUACAGCAGGACAAGCGAUAAUGAAGAGACCAGGUGAACACCCACCUUCUCACGAAAUGGUGAAGCAGCAACUGGCCGCUGUGGCGCAGAAAUGGGAUGGCUUAACCGGACAGCUGAGUGACCGAUGCAACCGAAUCGACCAAGCCAUUGUCAAAAGCACAGAAUAUCAAAGCUGCCUGAAAAGCCUUUCUGAGAAGCUUAGUGUCUUGGAUGAUAAACUCAACAGCAGCCUGGCUAUAAGUACAGACCCUGAUUCUGUGAAGCGGCAGCUGGAAGUGGCCAGAGAAGUGAAAGAAGAAAUUGAACGGGAAAUGCCAAAGAGAAAGGCUGCUCAAGCUCUGUGCGAGGAAUUGUCUGCACUGGUGGCAGAAGAUUACUUGAAAGCUGAGCUAGCUAGGCAAUUGGAUGGCAUCUUAAAACCCUUUCACGAUAUGGAACAAAAAGCAGGCAAUCACAUUGAGCAACUUCAGUCAACUUACGUUAGUUCUCAUCAGUUCCAGCAAAUGUCUAAGGACUUUCAGGCCUGGUUGGACAAAAAGAAGGAAGAACAGAAUCAGCCUUGUCCCAUCUCUACCAAGCUGGAGUCUCUGUGGACAUUAAUUGAUGAUCAGAAAGAGUUCAAGGCUGCCUUGUCUGACCAGACUGGCUCUUAUGAAAAAAUCAUUACAGAAGGUGAAAGUUUACUCCAGAAGACUCAGGGAGCGGAGAAGGCCGAGCUGCAGGCCCAACUGAACUUGCUCAGAGGUAACUGGGAUGAAAUGAACAAGCAAGUUAAAGAAAGGCAAGAUAAAUUAAAUGAUUGUUUGGAAAAAGCCCUUAGAUACAGAGAGCAUGUAGAAAACCUACAACCCUGGAUAGCGAAAUGCCAAAGCAAUAUCUCUCAAAUAGAAAUGAGCAUAGAUCCUGCUCGGCUAGAGAAUUCCAUCGCUCAGGUGAAGAGCUGGCAGAAGGACCUAGACAAACACCAAGGGUUGGUGGAGCUAUUAAGUAAUGCAGCUGAGACAUUACUCAGUGCCUGUCAGACAGACAAAGACAUUAUUGAAGAGGAGAAGACACUGCUGAUCCAGAACAUGGAUAUAGUCACAGAACAACUGCAUGCUAAGAGAGAUGGUCUGGAAAAGAUGUCUCAGAGACUGAAAGAGUUUCAAGAGUCAUCAAAGGAUGUUGAAGAGCAGCUGAAGAAUGCCAGAGAGCAGCUGGAAACACACAAUUCUCUCAAACCCCAGACUUACAGUAACAAACACUUGACGAUUAUGCAGGCUCAGCAGAAAACACUCCAGGCCGUGAAGGCUCAAGUGGACCUUACAAAAAAGCUUGCCCAAGAACUGGUGGCAGAUGCUUCAGAUUCAUCAGGUGCCUCUGACCUCUUGUUGCAGGCAGAAACGUUAGAAGAAGAAUUCAGCACCAUCAGUCAGCAGGUUGAAGAUAAAUGUUCAUUCCUGGAGACUAAACUCCAGGGAAUUGGCCAUUUCCAAAACAGCAUCCGAGAGAUGUUUUCUCAGUUUGCAGAGUUCGACGAUGAAUUGGACAGCAUGGAUUCUGUGGGUAGGGAUCUUGUCACACUGCAGUCACAGCGAAAGGAUAUAAAAACUUUCCUGAAAAAGUUGGAGGAACUCAUAACCAGUAAUGAAAAUGCAAAUAAUACCUGCAAAAUGAUGCUCGCAAAUGAAGCUGAAGCCUCUCCAGAUCUUGCAGGUAUAAAACGGGACUUGGAGGCUUUAAAUAAGCAGUGCAACAAGUUGCUAGACAGAGCAAAAGCCAGAGAUGAACAGAUUGAAGGGACUAUUAGCCGCGUUGAAGAGUUCUACAGUAAACUAAAGGGGUUUUCUAAACUGCUUGGGGAAGUUGAAGAGCAUGAAGAGUCCCAAGGUUCUGUUGGAAUGGAAAUUGAGACGAUAAAUCAGCAGCUGAACGUAUUUAAGGUAUUCGAGAAGGAAAAGGUUGAACCACUGCAGGUUAAGCAACAGGAGGUAAAUUGGUUGGGUCAAGGCCUUAUUCAGAGUGCUGCUAAAAAUGCUAGUACUGAGAACCUUGAGCGUGAUCUUGAGGAUGUUAACACAAGAUGGAAAACUCUCAACAAAAAGGUUGCCCAAAGAGCAGCUCAGUUGCAAGAGGCACUGCUCCACUGUGGGAGGUUUCAAGAUGCUGUCGAAUCUAUCCUUAGCUGGCUUAUUGACACAGAAGACCUUGUGGCUAAUCAGAAGCCUCCAUCUGCUGAGUUCAAAGUUGUGAAGGCCCAAAUACAGGAACAGAAACUUCUCCAGAGAUUGCUGGAUGACCGCAGACCCACUGUUGAACUAAUCAAGCGUGAAGGGGAGAAAAUUGCAGAGUCAGCAGAGCCCGCUGAUAAAGAGAAGAUCUUGAAACAGCUGAGCCUCCUGGAUAGCAGAUGGGAUGCACUGCUUGAUAAAGCAGAAACAAGGAAUCGUCAAUUGGAAGGUAUCUCAGCUGUAGCACAGCAAUUCCAUGAAACUUUAGAACCACUGGUUGAGUGGCUAACCAUCACUGAAAAGAGGCUUUCAAAUUCAGAACCCAUUGGAACACAGGCUUCCAAACUACAACAGCAGAUUUCUCAACAUAAAGCCUUUGAGGAAGACAUCGCCACUCGCAACAAAAAUUUGGAGCAAGCUAUUAAUAUUGGUCAGGCUUUAAAGGCAUUGAGCUCCAAGGAAGACAAGGAAAUGGUGCAGGAGAAACUAGAUUCUUCAGAAGCCCAAUACACUGAGAUUCGAGAGAAAAGUGGCAGUAGGGCUCAGCUUCUACAGCAAGCCUAUUGCAAUGCUCAGAUUUUUGGAGAGGAUGAAGUUGAAUUGAUGAAUUGGCUGAAUGAAGUACAUGAGAAACUGAGCAAAUUGGCAGUCCAAGACUACAAUACUGACUUGCUUGUGAAACAACAAACUGAAAUGCUGGCUCUCCAAGAAGAGAUUCUGCUCAGAAAGCAAAAUGUUGAUCAGGCUAUACAAAAUGGUUUGGAGCUUCUCAAACAAACGACAGGUGAUGAAGUUGUCAUAAUUCAGGAUAAAUUGGAAGGCAUUAAAACAAGGUACAAGGACAUAACUAAGCUGAGUUCUGAUGUGUCCAAGACUUUAGAACAGGCUCUACAGCUUUCUGGUCAGCUGCAGUCAGCUCAUGAGAAACUCUGCACUUGGCUGGAUAAAGUUGAGGUGGAAUUACAGUCGUACGAAGCGCAGGUCCCCAAAGGUGAAGAGUUAAGUCAAGCGCAAGAAAGACAAAAGGCACUGAAAAAAGAAGCAAAAGAUAAUAAAAGUUUACUGGACACUCUUAACGAAGUCAGCAGUGCUUUGCUUGAAUUGGUGCCAUGGAGAGCAAGGGAAGGGAUAGACAAAAUGAUCACAGAAGACAACGAACGGUACAGAUUAGUGAGUGACACUAUAACUCAGAAAGUGGAAGAAAUUGAUGCUGCCAUUUCCAGAUCGCAGCAGUUUGAUCAAGCAGCCGACACUGAAUUAGCCUGGGUUGAGGAAACAGAAAAUAAACUGAUGUCUCUGGGUGACAUUAGGCUUGAACGUGACCAGACCAUUGCUCAGCUACAAGUUCAAAAGGCAUUUACCAUGGAGAUUUUGAAACACAAGGAUACAAUAGAAGAGCUUGUUGCAUCUGGGGAUGAAAUUAUGAAGACAUGCACAGAAGAGGACAAACAAACCAUGAAGAAGAAGCUGGAAGACCUCUUGCAGAAGUAUAAUACACUCUGUCAAAUGAACUCUAAGAGGAACCUGCAGCUAGAAAGAGCUCAGUCUCUAGCCAGUCAGUUCUGGGAGACUUAUGAAGAGAUUUGGCCAUGGCUAACGGAAACACAAACAGUAAUAUCACAGCUUCCAGCACCAGCUCUGGAAUAUGAAACCCUAAAGCAACAACAAGAAGAGCACCGGCAACUGCGAGAGUUGAUUGCUGAACACAAGCCUCAUAUAGAUAAGAUGAAUAAAACUGGACCUCAGCUUCUGGAGCUGAGCCCGCGAGAAGGUUUUUCAAUCCAAGAGAAGUAUGUAGCAGCUGAUGCCCUUUAUAGUCGAAUUAAAGAAGAUGUCAAAAAGCGAGCUCAGGCACUGGACGAAGCCAUUUCUCAGUCUACCCAGUUCCAUGACAAGAUAGAUUCGACCACUGAGAGCCUAGAACGCAUUGUUGAACGUUUGAGGCAACCGCCUUCCAUCUCAGCUGAGGUUGAGAAGAUUAAAGAACAGAUCGGUGAAAAUAAGAACGUGUCUGUCGACCUUGAAAAACUUCAGCCAGUCUAUGAAACCCUCAAGCAGCGCGGGGAGGAGAUGAUUGCCCGUUCAGAAGGCGCUGAUAAGGACAUAUCUGCUAAAGUGGUCCAGGAUAAGUUGGAUCAAAUGGUCUUGAUGUGGGAAGACAUCCAUACCUUGGCUGAAGAAAGGGAGGCCAAAUUGCUUGAUGCAAUGGAACUAGCAGAGAAGUUCUGGUGUGAUCACAUGGCUCUCAUAGCCACUAUUAAGGAUACUCAGGAUUUUAUCAGAGAACUAGAAGGAGCUGGAAUUGAUCCUUCAGUGGUAAAGCAACAGCAAGAAGCUGCAGAGACUAUUAAAGAAGAGAUAGAUGGGUUACAAGAAGACUUAGAUGUAGUGGUAAGCCUUGGCUCUGAACUGAUAGCAGCAUGUGGAGAACCUGACAAACCAUUAGUCAACAAGAGCAUAGAUGAGCUAAAUUCUGCUUGGGAUGCUUUAAAUAAAGCAUGGAAAGAACGUGUUGACAAGCUUGAGGAAGCAAUGCAAGCGGCUGUUCAGUAUCAAGAUGGAUUGCAGGCCAUAUUUGACUGGGUGGAUAUCGCUGGCAGUAAAUUAGCUGCAAUGUCACCAGUUGGAACAGACCUAGAAACAGUAAAACAACAGACAGAAGAAAUGAAGCAAUUUAAGAAAGAAGCCUAUCAGCAGCAGAUUGAAAUGGAACGGCUGAACCACCAAGCAGAGCUGUUGUUGAAGAAGGUGACAGAGGAGAGUGAUAAGCACACCGUACAAGACCCCUUGUCUGAACUUAAGCUGUUGUGGGAAAGUCUGGAGGAUAAAAUUGUUAGCCGCCAGCAUAAGCUGGAAGGCGCUUUGUUGGCUUUGGGACAGUUCCAACAUGCCCUGGAUGAGUUGCUCGCAUGGCUCACCCAUACAGAGGACCUGCUGAAUGAACAGAAACCUGUGGGUGGUGACCCUAAGGCUAUUGAAAUUGAGCUGGCCAAACAUCAUGUGCUGCAAAAUGAUGUCUUGGCUCACCAGUCCACUGUGGAAACAGUCAAGAAAGCAGGAACUGACCUUAUUCAGUCAAGUGCUGUUGAAGAAGCGAGCAAUCUGCAAAGCAAGCUGGAACUUCUGAAUCAGCGGUGGCAAAAUGUCUUGGAAAAAACAGAAAAGAGGAAGCUGCAGCUGGACAGUGCUUUGAUCCAGGCCCAAGGUUUCCAUGGUGAAGUUGAAGAUCUGCAACAAUGGCUGACAGAAACGGAGCGUCAGCUUUUGGCAUCGAAACCAGUUGGUGGUUUACCAGAGACUGCAAGAGAACAGCUUAAUAUCCAUAUGGAACUCUGUGCUGCCUUUGAAGCUAAAGAAGAAACAUACAAGUGUCUGAUGCAAAAGGGCCUACAGAUGCUUGCAAGAUGCCUAGAGACUAUUGAAACAAAUGUUGAGCAGGACAUAAAUAAUCUUAAAGAGAAAUGGGAAUCGGUGGAAACAAAGCUGAGUGAAAGAAAAAUCAAACUGGAAGAAGCUCUCAAUUUGGCAAUGGAGUUCCACAACUCACUGCAGGACUUCAUCAACUGGCUUACUCAAGCUGAGCAAACCUUGACAGUAGCUUCUCGGCCAAGUCUUAUCUUGGAUACUGUCUUGUUUCAAAUUGAUGAACACAAGGUCUUUGCCAAUGAAGUGAAUGCCCACCGUGACCAGAUUAUUGAGCUGGACAAAACUGGAACACAUUUGAAAUACUUCAGCCAGAAACAGGAUGUUGUCCUCAUUAAAAAUCUGCUGAUCAGUGUCCAGAGUAGAUGGGAAAAAGUAGUUCAGCGCUUAGUGGAAAGAGGAAGAGCUUUGGAUGAUGCAAGGAAGCGUGCCAAGCAGUUCCAUGAAGCCUGGAACAAACUUACUGAAUGGCUGGAUGAUUCAGAAAAGACUCUGGAUGCAGAGCUUGAAAUUGCAAAUGAUCCAGACAAAAUUAAGAUGCAGCUUGCCCAGCAUAAGGAGUUCCAGAAGGCUCUUGGAGCUAAACAUUCUGUGUAUGACACCACAAAUAGAAGUGGACGUGCUUUGAAAGAAAAAACUUCCCUAGCUGAUGACAAUCUGAAACUGGAUGAUAUGCUGAGUGAACUCAGAGACAAAUGGGAUACAGUAUGUGGGAAAUCUGUAGAAAGACAAAACAAACUGGAAGAAGCGCUGCUGUUUUCUGGGCAAUUUACUGAUGCUCUUCAAGCUCUCAUAGAUUGGCUGUACAAAGUGGAACCGCAGCUGGCCGAAGAUCAGCCUGUGCAUGGAGACAUUGAUUUAGUGAUGAACUUAAUAGAUAAUCACAAGGCCUUCCAGAAGGAACUGGGAAAAAGGACAGGCAGCGUCCAGGCACUGAAACGCUCUGCUCGUGAACUGAUAGAAGGUAGUCGUGAUGAUUCCUCCUGGGUUAAGGUCCAGAUGCAGGAGCUGGGCACUCGGUGGGAGACAGUGUGUGCAUUGUCCGUCUCCAAGCAAACACGACUGGAACAAGCCCUCCACCAGGCGGAAGAAUUCCACUCAGUUGUGCACGUUCUUCUGGAAUGGCUGGCUGAGGCUGAACAGGCCCUUCGUUUCCAUGGCAAUCUCCCAGAUGAUGAAGAGUCUCUGCGUACUCUAAUAGAUCAGCAUCGGGAAUUCAUGAGAAAACUGGAAGAAAAAAAGGCUGAGCUAACGAAAGCCACAGGUAUGGGAGAAGCCAUCCUGGCUAUCUGCCACCCAGACUCCAUCACUACCAUUAAGCACUGGAUAACAAUCAUCAGAGCAAGGUUUGAAGAGGUGUUAGCAUGGGCAAAGCAACAUCAGCAGAGAUUGGCAGGGGCCCUGGCUGCACUUAUCGCUAAUCAAGAGCUGUUGGAAGCAUUAUUGACCUGGUUGCAGUGGGCAGAGACAACACUUAGUGAAAAAGAUAAGGAAGUCAUUCCUCAGGAGAUUGAUGAUGUUAAGGCACUCAUAGCUGAGCAUCAGAUAUUCAUGGAGGAAAUGACUAGAAAACAGCCUGAUGUGGAUAAGGUUACUAAGACGCAUAAAAGGAAAGCAGCUGAAUCUGGUCCAAUUCAUUCUCAUAUUCCUGUACUGGAUAAAGGAAGAGGAGGAAGAAAGCGUUCCCCAACACCAAGCAUGUACCCCUCAGGUGCACAGGCUCAGAUUGAAACCAAGAAUCCACGGGUGAACCUCUUGGUCAGCAAAUGGCAGCAAGUCUGGCUUCUGGCUCUGGAAAGAAGAAGGAAACUUAAUGAUGCUUUAGACCGAUUAGAGGAGCUGAAAGAAUUUGCCAACUUUGAUUUUGAUAUUUGGCGGAAGAAGUAUAUGCGAUGGAUGAACCAUAAGAAAUCUCGAGUCAUGGACUUCUUUAGGAGGAUCGAUAAAGAUCAGGAUGGAAAGAUAACCAGACAGGAAUUUAUUGAUGGGAUUCUUUCCUCAAAAUUCCCUACUAGUCGAUUGGAAAUGAGUGCAGUAGCAGAUAUCUUUGACAGAGAUGGUGAUGGCUAUAUUGACUACUACGAGUUUGUAGCAGCACUUCAUCCGAACAAAGAUGCAUACAAGCCUCUGACAGAUGCCGACAAAAUUGAAGAUGAGGUGACAAGGCAGGUAGCAAAAUGUAAAUGCGCAAAGCGAUUCCAAGUGGAGCAGAUUGGUGAUAACAAGUACAGAUUCUUCCUGGGAAAUCAGUUUGGUGACUCCCAGCAACUCCGUCUUGUCCGCAUUCUGCGGAGCACUGUUAUGGUUCGAGUUGGAGGCGGAUGGAUGGCACUUGAUGAGUUCUUAGUGAAAAAUGAUCCUUGCAGAGUUCAUCAUCAUGGGAGUAAAAUGUUACGUUCGGAAUCAAACUCUUCAAUUACCACUCAGCCUACUAUAGCUAAAGGGAGGACGAACAUGGAGCUACGUGAGAAAUUCAUUUUGGCAGAUGGAGCUAGCCAAAGCAUGGCUGCCUUCCGACAAAGGGGACGCAGAUCACGGCCUUCUUCAAGGGGUGCUUCACCCAACAGAUCCAUGUCUGUGUCAAAUCCACCUGCUCAAGGAGCUCCAACAUCAGCUCUUGCGGCCAGCACACCCAAGACACCCCAUCAUUUAACACGCAACUAUGGUAAACCAUGGUUGAUAAACAGCAAAACAUCAUCUCCUUGUAAACCUCCAGAGUGCUCUGAAUAUCAAGUGUCAUCCACAGAGGGGACUCCAAUACAAGGGAGUAAACUUAGAUUGCCAGGAUAUCUGUCUGGGAAGGGUUUCCAUUCUGGAGAAGACAGCAGCCUCAUUUCAACAGCAGCUACAAGAGUCAGGGCACAUUUUGCAGACACCAGAAAAACACCAAGCAGACCUGGAAGUCGAGCAGGAAGCAAGGCUGGCAGCAGAGCAAGCAGCCGCCGGGGCAGUGACGCAUCUGAUUUUGACAUUUCAGAAAUCCAGUCUGUGUGCUCGGAUGUAUCGGAGACUGUUCAUACCCCAAUUAGGCCAACACCCCGACCCAAUUCUCGCUCAGCAUCUGGAAAACCUUCCAAAAUUCCAACUCCACAAAGAAAGUCGCCGGCCAGCAAAUUAGACAAGUCCUUCAAGAGAUAGUGUGGUUGGCUCUGUCAAGACCACCUUUUUUCCUGUGCAUUAAAUAUUUAAGUUUUUAAGAUGUAAAAUAUUCUGUAGAAAUUAUUGUGAAAUAUUACGAGAGUUGGAUUUUUAAUUUUGCAGAUGGCCUUAUUUGUGUAUUUGUCUUGUUUAUUUUAUGUGUAUGAUUUUUGUCAAAUUUUGUUUCGUUUAUGCCAUAUCAUAUGUGAAAAGGAGAAAGUUUUUUUCCAAUGUAACUAACGGUUGUUUGCAGUAAUGUGUAGAGAGAUCACUAAAAGCAAUUACUGAAUGUACAAUUGUCUUUGCGUCCUAAGUCAACAAGGCCUGUCACUUCAUCAUUAGAUUAACAGUAAAGGAUACCUCAUAACUUUGUCUUAAUACAAAUGAAAAAGACAACAGUCAACAUUAUGCAUUUUGAACUAACGCAGUGGACUCGAAGAGGCAUGUGGCAGGGAUACUAAGAAACAGAAGACACAGUUCAUACUGCAGUUAAUCAAACAUUAUCCUACAGAGAAUUCACAGAGAGAGUUACUUAAAGAGCACUUGCCAGUACUUCAGUACUCCAAUAUUUUGCAGCAUUUUCUGUGCCAUUGCUUUAAAGGCCAGACACCAUCUGGAAUCUAGAAUUAUUACACUUGUAUCAGAAUGCCAGUAUAAUCUGCAUUCACGUCAGCGUGAGGUUUUCUUUUGCUUGAGUGGAUGAUAGCACUGUAUCAUUGGACUCAUUUUAUAUCAAAGCAGUUUUGCUUGCAGAAGAAAGGGGGGGGGAAAUUAUGAAAUAAAGCUUGUCCCUUCUC